CACCAACCCCAGAGCCUAUAAAUGCAUAGCUGAGCCUUAUUGUCCUGCUCAAUUUGCUAGACAAUUUGGCCUCACACAAGGAGUUCCAAUACCUCUCUGCAGCAACACCAACCUAACUCUGACCAAGAGGGAUUUGAAGGUUCGAAAGUCAAGGCUAGAAGAGGCAACCUUCAAGUUUAUGGAUGAUCUGGCCACUUUUGAGUAUAUCCCUUUCAUACCUCAUGGCUCCUUUUUGAAGAGAUAUCAGAGUUGGUGGGUAAGUAAUAUGGAAGUUUAUUUAGUUGAAGGUAAUCAGAAACAAAAGAAACAGAGACUGCUUGAACCUUUGCUGAGAAGAAAAAAGGCGAUUGAUUUGCCCCAAGAAGAGACAACCAUUAGGAAAGUAGAGGAGGAGAUUAUUUUUAAUGGAUCCGAACCUCAGGCUAAAGGAGCUGAGAAAACAAUUGAGGGGCAGACAAAGCCAAUUCAAAGAAAAAGGAGAAGAAAGAUUACUGUCUCUCCUCCUGAGUUUGAUAUCUCCCCUUCCAGCUUUGAUGAGGAUUCUGAUUCGGAGACAAUUGCCCAAGCCAUAGGAAAGAGAAGAAAAAUGACUGCUUCAACUACUGCUUUGGUUGAAGAUCCCCUUCAUGAGGCAGCCGCCAAGGCCGUGGAACAAGAACAUUCCAAAGCCAUAGUCGUCUUUGAAAGGGCUGAGAAAAGACGGCAACAACAAAUUUUAAGAGAGAGAGCUGCUGCUGCCAAUGCAUUGCAAAGGGAACUAGCCAGACAACAACGGUCUGCUGGACACUAUUCUCUCCGCAGUUCUCCCAUCAGUACCAGUGCCUCUGGAACAAGUAAUUUCUUUCAUACCUCUGCUGUUUUUUACUUUGUCAGCUU